GUACUUAGGCGGUUGGCCUAAGGUACCUGGAUUUAUUUCGGGAACUUCGGGUUAGUCGUUUAUGUAUACAUUGUGGCUUCUCGGUUUGGUUUCAGUUACGAGUGAUCGGCUGUGCAUGUUCUUGUUUGAUUGUUGCACGGCUGGUCGAGUCAACUUAUACUUAGACCAGAUCGGGGGUGUCACAAGUCUGGUUCAUGAUCCAGACAUGGUGGCUCAUACGGACAGUCCCACAUCCGUCCUUCUCCUUACCGUGGUCCAUGCUUCAGGAUACAACGAACCUGGACAGAAGCCGAUCAGUCACAUUUAAAAAUUUGUCUUUAUUUUAUUUAAUGACUAUAUCUAGAUCUACUUUUCUAUUUAAUUCCUAGAUCUGCAAAACUCUAUAAGUAUGAAACUCUUUCAUUAUAAUAAAUAAGAAAUCAUUUUUGUCUAAAGUUUGAGUUAAACUCUUUGUUCUUCGUUUAUAACUUGUUCUUAGUUUCUUGGUGAGUCAUAUCCAAGUAAACACCCCUCAAACUCGUUGGUCUUGUGAGUCAUAUCAAGCAACGGUUCGAGAUUCUUCUUUUGGUGGCCUUCUGAGUCAUAUCAAGCACCAACUGAAGCCGGGAAUAUCGAAGGCCAUUCCGCAACCAUCGUGCGACCCUUCAAUCCAUCUAGUUCUCCAUUCGGAGUUCAUAUCCAAAUCUGAUCCAUUCGAGUGAGCCGAUCUUAGGGUCCUUCAAGUGGUAUCAGAGCCGCUCGUUUGGUAUCUUCUGAAUCAUUCAUCUUUCUCAUCUUCCUUUUCUUAAUAAACACUCUUCAUCUAUCUAUCUUGAAUCCGGGCCCCUCAUUACCAUCCUCAAUCUAUCAAAAAAAAAGAUCUAUUAAAAAAAAAAAUUCGAAAAGUUUUUUCAUUUGGGGAUUGGUGGUGGAAGAGAAAGCCUGCUGGCUGAGGAGAAAUCCAGCCUUUGAGGUGGUUAAAACGGAUUCCCAAAACCAAAAAUCUCUUAUCUUUCUCUCUUUUAAAAUUCCCUUGUGUUUGCUUGGAUUUUGUCCAUUGAGUUUCUUUGAUUUGUUCUUCUUAGAACUUCGAGUGAAAACUUGUUGUGUGACCAUCCAAAUUCUGAGAGAAACACUUGAGUGGGUGAGAUUAAACACUUGAGAGUGUGAUGUUUUAUUUUCUAACUUUUGUGUUGAGAUUUUCAGGUUAUGAUGUUUGGUCUUCAAAGGAAAAGUAGUAAGGAGAAAUCCCCACAACAAACUAUCUCUCAAUCUUCAUUUAAAUAUUCUUUGAAUAAUUUUGAUGAGUUUGUUAGUGUGCAGGAUAGGCCAAACAGGAGGUGCAAUGAACCUUUCAAGUCGUCCCAAGGUGAAGCUAAUCCAAAGAGGCGAUUCCUUCAGUUUGAUGUCCAAGAGAUAUGUGACAAUUUUGAGAAGGGAAUGAUGAAAGCCCUCAAGGACAUCAGCAAGAACCAAAAGAAGAGCACAUCCAAACGUGCACCUGUAGCUGAGCCAUCCUUAUUCGUCAGCAAGAAAUCCAAAGAACUAACCAUUUUGCAACCGGAGCAUCCGAGUAGUCUUGUUUUCUCUCCACGGGUUUUAGAGGAUCUAGAUUUACCACAUCAAAGACCAUGUCUUGACACUAGGAUAUCUUUUGGUGAAGAUAUAGAUCCUAUCUUUGAUGAGGAGGACGAACCUGGUCCAGUCUUUAAUGAAGAAGCAACCAACAUCACAUCCAUCGUUAUGGAGAGCCAUCUUUGCUUUGAUCCCGGCACAACUCAUACCCCUUUGUCUUUUGAACUUCAAGCGCACUGUGAGUAAUCUGAUUUGCUUAAUUCUCAGCCUGAUAUGUUUGUUAAGAUCAGUUCUCUUGAUAGUGAUUCGUUUUGGUCUUGACAAGAUGAAAGAUUUUUGUGUUUCAAAAUCUGUUUUUGAAAACAUGAUUAAUUCUUGAAAAUUGUUUAAACCUGAGAAACUUCUUGAUCAAAAAUGUUUUCAAAAAGGCAAUGGCAUCAAGUCUGAAUUUAUUUUGAGUUUUGAUCAGUUCUUAAAGCAUAGCAAAGGCUUUGAUCGUUUUGAAAAAUCUCUUGAGCUUGAUUUGAAACAAACUGAUUUUUAUGCUAGAAAAUCUUUUGAUUCGUUUGUUUUCAAAAAGAAUAGCUUUGAUCUGAGUUCUUCUAAACAUGCAAUGAUCACUCAUAAUUUGAUUGCAUCCUCUUGUGUAUUGGAUGAUUUCUUGAUUAAAAAGAUGUUUGAACAGAAAUCACUUGAAACUGAAAUUGAUUUUUGUGAUCUUGAUUUUUGUGAUUAUGUUUUGCAGCUUGAUCUCUUGAGUUCUGAAACUGAUAAAACUUGGCAUUCUCUGAGAUCAAUUCUUGAUAAUUGUGUUGUUUUGAGCCUUGGUGAAAUUGUGGUUUACAACACUUUCUUUGAAAAACAUCUUGAGUCUUUGAUAGUUGAUUCUCAUUUUGAACUUAAGUUUGUGUGUUCAGAUGCUGAGCAGGAUAUGCACGUCUUGAAAAUUAAUACUAUUGUUGCAUAUCUUGAUAAAAUUCUGGUCUGUAAUGUCUACUUUGAUGUGCAUCUUGACAAGCUGAAAUGUGUGCAACUUGUUCUCUGAAAAGAUAUCUUGAUUUUUGAUUUGAACAAGUAUUUGUCUUGCACAUUUGAUCUUGGUCUUUUAGUGUUUGUUUUGAGUAUCCAGGAAAGACAGGUUCAGCCUCUGAGAAAUGAAAGCAUUGACCGUGCCCAACAGCCUGAGAUUUGGAGAAGCCUUGUUGUCCAAACCGGCUACCUUGGAGAUGUCAGAGAUAGGGUUUCAGUCCAAAAAGAAUAUCUGAACAUUCAGAAGGUCUUUUGUCAUGAAUCUAAUUUUUCUGGAAAGCCAACUGACCAAGGAUUCACGGAGGCUUGGAAUCACGUGAAACGCUUAAUCGAGGAAGCAGUUAUGAAUUUUCGAACCGGAGGUUCUCCAGUCUGUCUAUCUGCAAGUACCCGACUUCUAAAGGAGAUUCCAGACCAAGAAAGAAGCGGCCUGAGCCAAAACCGAUCCUCAACGAACCAAAGUUUCCAAGGAGAGCAAGCACAGGUGAAUUCCUAAAGACUUGUGUUCGUGGAACAUGGAACCGGAUAUACUUGAGGGAAACGAGUUCAAACCUCUAAGGAAGUUUCUGUCCAAAAUCUUCCUUCAUUGAAUUUUCCAUGAAUUUUAAAUCCUUUGUAUCUGAUUUAUUCCCUUUUGAUACAUGUACAAUGGAUUUGAGCACAAAUCCUUUUGAAGAGGGAGGGAAUGAUGUGCCGCAGUCCACGGAUCAGUACAUGGAACCAUCUCAGCAUGGAGUUCAGGUCGUUCUGAACAUUUCAACCGAGGUUCAUGUUUUUCACUAUGCCAGACUUGACUUGGAUCAAACCAGACUUGAGAAAGAUAAAGCCAGACUUGAGAAAGAUCAUCCCAGACUUGAGAAAGAUCAUGCCAGACUUGACUUGGAUCAUGAGGUUUCACAAAAUGAUCGAGACUUCUCUCUUCUGGCUCGAUUGGCCCAUACUGCACGUACAGGCGACCGUACUGAUGGACUGAUCGACCCUUUUGAUCAGUUCAUGCACUUUGAUCAGCCAAAUCUCACUAAGGCAAGGAUCCUUCACCUUUCUAAAGACAUAGGACGCACUUGUUCCAGUCUGGUUCAUGAUCCGGACAUGGUGGCUCAUACGGACAGUCCCACAUCCGUCCUUCUCCUUACCGCGGUCCAUGCUUCAGGAUACAACGAACCUGGACAGAAGCCGAUCAGUCACAUUUAAUAAUCUGUCUUUAUUUUGUUUAAUGACUAGAUCUAGAUCAACUUUUCUAUUUAAUUUAUAGAUCUACAAAACUCUUUCAUUAUAAUAAAUAAGAAAUCGUUUUAGUCUAAAGUUUGAGUUAAACUCUUUGUUCUUCGUUUAGAACUUGUUUUUAGUUUCUUGAUGAGUCAUAUCCAAGUAAACACCC